AUGAUAGCAAAGCGAAGUCGCCCCGUCAAUGAUGGCGAUUUUGUAAAAGAAUGCAUAGAAAUUGCCGCUAAGAAGAUAUGUCCAGAAGCAUCAAAAAAGUUUGAGAAAAUUCAACUGAAUCGUAUGACUAUGCAAAGACGAAUAAUAUCUUUGUCAGGUAAUAUUGCGGAACAGUUAAUUGAAAAAUCCAAGAUCAUUGAAUUUUUUUCAUUAGCACUCGACGAAUCCACUGAUAUUAGUUCCACAGUUCAACUUCUCAUAUUCAUACGAGGUGUUACUUAA